AUGUUCACGCCAGCCAACGCGGAGGGACUGUACGAGAUCGGGCCGCGCUCCUACCGCGCGCUCAAGGCCGAGCUGGAGCACCUCAUGUUCACGCCAGCCAACUCGGAGGGACUGUACGAGAUCGGGCCGCGCUCCUACCGCGCGCUCAAGGCCGAGCUGGAGCACCUCAUGUUCACGGUAACAUCACCAUCAUCAUCAUCAUCAUCAUCAUCAUCAUCAUCAUCAUCACCCGCUCUCGCCAGCCAACGCGGAAGGACUGUACGAGAUCGGGCCGCGCUCCUACCGCGCGCUCAAGGCCGAGCUGGAGCACCUCAUGUUCACGCCAACGCGGAGGGACUGUACGAGAUCGGGCCGCGCUCCUACCGCGCGCUCAAGGCCGAGCUGGCGCACCUCAUGUUCACGAUGAAUCAAGUGUUGCCAGAGAGUGCGGACACAGCCGACGAAGCCGAAAAAGAAGUAGUGGAGCGGUGGAAGAACGACGCCGGUGAUGAGCUCAAAAAAGUAAUCGGUUUGAACGUGACAAAGAGACUGGUAAACGUCUUCAAUCCUCUCAAUGUCAAGGUGCAUUUCACGACGAAGCCGGACAGAAAGUACUUAAGCAGUUUCCUGAAGCGAUAUAACUUCGUGGCGUUCAAACGGUUGGCGGGGGUCGUUAACACGUUCGCCGCGCAGGUCAAGGGCAUUGCUGAUUUUGACGCGCUAUGCACUGCCAAGAGUAUUCAUUGCGGCGCUGCCAAAAUCACGAUCACUCCGUUCUACAGAUUCUCGCAAUGUCCCAAAAAAAUCAAAACCAUAUACAAUCCAGAGAACAAGAGGGCUACGACUUUGAGAAGCAAAGAUUCGUCGGAUAAUACCAAAGAUGAUGCAACAAAUUCGCCUAAAGAUAAUGUCACAAAAGAAAAACUUACAGCGCAACCAGCUGUCAACAAAUCGGCUGCAACAAUACCUCCGAAAGUUGAAGUUAAAACUGAAGCCAAAACAACCGCAGCAACUAGCGCUCAACCGACGAAACCCAAAGUUGAAAAUCUUAAACCGAAAGUGCAGACAUCUGCUCCAAAUGUAGACACUAAGCCUAAAGUUGAACCUGCCAAGCCUAAAUUAGAAACGCCUGCAUCUAAACCCGCAACUCCUCAAACCAAAGUUACAACUACACCUAAAACGGAAACUAAAGUUGCAACUCCACAAACUAAAGUAACAACUGCAGUUAAAACAGAAACUAAGGCUGAAACACCUAAAACUGAAACUCCAAAGCCUAAUCCCGUUACCAAAGCACAAACUACUCCAGUAACUGAAGCCACUAAACUAGCAGCAGCGCCUAAAGUUGCAACAACACCUAAACCGACGGCUAAAGUUGCAACACCGGCGACUAAAGUUACAAUACCGGCGGCUAAAGUUACAACACCGGCGGCUAAAGUUACAACACCGGCGGCCAAAGUUACAACACCGGCGGCUAAAGAUGCACCGGCGGCUAAAGUUACAACACCGGCGACUAAAGUUACAACACCGGCGGCUAAAGUUGCAACACCGGCGGCUAAAGUUACAACACCGGCGGCUAAAGUUGCAACACCGGCGGCUAAAGUUGCCACACCGGCGGCUAAAGUUGCAACACCGGCGGCUAAAGUUGCUGCACCGGUAGCUAAAGUUGAAGCGCCUAAAGCAAAAAUUGAAACUCCGACGCCUAAAGUUGAAACGCCAUCACCUAAAGUUGCACCAGAUAAGCCCACAGUUGCACAAGCCAAAACUCCAGUUGCAAAUAAAGCUCAGACUAGUAAUAAGGAUGAAGUUCCCAAGACUAAUGCUACAGUUGCUGCCAAAACUCAGAACACAGUGAAAGCUACAGCACAAACUAAGAAUACAACUAACGUUAAAACCUUAUCUAAACCCGUUGCGAAAGCAGCAACUCCAUCGAAUACUAAAGUAACCAAAAAAGUGGUCACACCUAAAAGACCACCCGCUAAAAGAAUGACUUUCCCUAACAAAAAGGCUACCAAAAAAGCAAUUGAAAAAGAUGACUUUGAAGAAUUAGAUGACCACGACAUUCUAGCUCUUAUAUCUGAAGGCAUUGUCCUGGACGAAUGCAGCGGAUCUGACGUAGAUUAGAAAUAAGUUACAGAUACACUGCUGUAUCGAAAUAUUUAGUUAUUAUUUAAAGUCCUAAAUGUAAGGUAUCACAAAUGUAAUUUGUAAUGAUUAUUCUAAGUUAAAUAAUAAAUGAUUGACUCAG